GUUACCAAUACAUAUUACUACGAACCAAAACGGGCCAAAUCACCCACCCAACUACACUCAUUCAUUGCACACUACACCCUCCCAACCAUAAUCCUCCUCCUCCUCCAUAAUCCUAUAUCUAUUGCGUUCGCGAGCUUUCUUUGAAUUGACUGUCUGUUGGACCUAGAGAUUCAAAGGAAAGCCCCGAAAAUGUCGUCAGCUUCCACCGCCAUGAUCUUCAUCCUCCUCCUCACCACCACCACCACUCUCUUCUUCUUCCCAACCACCGCCGCUCCGCCGCAGUCUUCCUUCAAGAAGAUCUACGCCUUCGGGGACUCCUUCACCGACACGGGCAACACGAGGUCGGUGGGGCCCGGCGGAGGGUUCGGCCACGUGUCCAACCCGCCGUACGGCUCCACCUACUUCCACCGCCCGACCAACCGCUACUCCGACGGCCGCCUCGUCAUCGACUUCGUCACCCAGUCCUUAUCCCUCCCGCUCCUCCCUCCCUACCGCUCGCUGCGGGACCCGCGAGCGGCGAGGAACGGAGUCAACUUCGCCGUCGGAGGGGCGACGGCGAUCAAGCACGCUUUCUUCGCGAAGAACAACCUGACGCUGGACAACACCCCCGAGUCGAUCCAGACCCAGCUCCGCUGGUUCGACGAGUUCCUGGCGGGCCAGGGUUGUAACGGAACUGCGUCGGCGUCGGCGGCGUGCGGAGCGGCGGUGGAGGAUGCGCUGUUCUGGGUCGGGGAGAUCGGAGUGAAUGACUAUGCCUAUAUUCUUGGAUCUGAAAUCUCCGGCGAUGUGAUUCAGAGGCUCUCCGUUGCCACCGUUACCAACUUCCUGGAGGCACUGCUGAAGAGGGGAGCGAAGAACAUGGUGGUCCAGGGCCUCCCGCCGUCCGGAUGCCUAACCCUAGCCAUGUACCUAGCGCCGGACGACGACCGCGACGAGCUGGGCUGCGUAAGGAGCGCCAACAACCAGACCAGCGUUCAUAACUCCAUAUACCAGUCCAAACUCGACGGGCUCCGGGCCCGCUACCCGGAAGCCUCCAUCGUGUACCUCGACUACUGGAACGCAUACCGGUCCGUGGUCCGGAACCCGGCGAAGUACGGGAUGAAGGAGACCUUCAAGGCAUGCUGCGGGUCCGGCGACGCGCCGUACAACUUCAACGUCUUCGCCACGUGCGGCACUCCCGGCGCGGCCGCCGUUUGCCCCGACCCGGCGCAUUAUAUCAACUGGGACGGAGUGCAUCUCACGGAAGGGAUGUACAGGGUGCUGGCCGAUAUGUUCGUCAAUGGCACUUUCAGUUCCCCGCGCUUUUCCACCCUACUCGCUUAAUUGAAAUUAUUUAAUUAGGGAGUAUUUCUUUUGGGUAAUUUUGGGUUUUGUGAUCUAGAUAUAUAUAUAUAUAUGAUAUAAUAAGGUUGAAGGUAAGGUUGUUCGAGCUAGCGUUGUAUAACGAAAGUGGAAUGGUAAUUUGGAUGGAUGUGUUGAACCAUAUAGCUUCUUGGAUCUUGGAUUACCGAUUCCUAGAAUGAAUAGUAUCAUGAAGCGGUCCACUUGAUUUUCAUCUCGUAAUUCGUAGGUUUGAAUGAUGAGGUUGAGACGGCCAGGAAUAUAAUCAACUCCAGCUAAUUAAUCCACCAUUGAAGUUCGAUGUGGCUUAAUUACAA